CAAUUUAUUAAUGACGUAUUUAAUAAAGUUGGUCUCAAGCGAAAUGAAUUGUUCUUUACUGCUACAAGGCAUAUAAUCCUGUAAAGAAAAUCUGGGUGGUCGAAUUGUUCUUUUCCCUUUUUCUAAUUUCAACAUCAAAAGUUGUUCCACCAGAAGAAUUUGUUCUCUGCAGCAGUAAAGAUCGAUCCGUUCUUGCUUACAAGCAGAAAAAUCAUAUCGACAGAGAGAGAUGAGACAGAACUCAGCAACUGGUGGUCUUUCAUGGCGGCGUUUACUGUUCUUCGCUUCGAUUGGUUUGCAGUUCUUCUUAGGUCUAUCGGGUGAUUCCAAGAACACGAAUGCAGGAGUUAAGACAGAAUCUCAUACUUCUUCCAGCAAAACAGGCACAAAAGUUAUCCUUGUUCUAGUUGGAUUUGUGGCUGUGGCCAUGUUCUCGUUCUUCCUAUACAAGCUAUGGCAAAAGAAGAAAAGAGACGAGCAGUAUGCUCGACUGUUGAAGCUGUUUGAGGAAGAUGAUGAACUCGAGGUUGAAUUAGGUCUUCGAGAUUAAAAACGCAAAUUUGUCAACAAAGGCCUCAUGUUUGUUUGUGUUCGUUUGUCUGAGCAUGUAGGUGGAACUUAUCACUUAUGGGUAUUUAAAUUUGAAGUAUAUAUAUACGCAUACUUUGUUGGGCUAGUAACUGAUGUAGCUGUCUUGUCACUAAUCAUCAUCAGUUCAUCAAUUAUCCUCUCCAGACGAUUGUUUUCCAAUGUUGUACAAUUCAUUUUUCUUUCUUUCACUUUUUUUUGACAAAUAGCGUGAGUUUAGGUUCUAAACAAAUUCGAUGUAAGUUUAGGUUCUAACCCUCUAGACAAAUUAGUUAAGAGAUC